GUAAGCAUAUUGAAGCAACCUGGAGAGCUACCAGAUACUCCAGAAAAAAAGCCCAUACAAAGCCUUAGAAAAGUUUUCUAAGGCUUUGUAUGGGACAACUGGAGGUACUUACAGUGCACGCGUUUUCCGUCCUGUCAUGAGAUUCCUGUUUUGCAUUCAAAGAGAAACUGAACAUGGCGGCGGGCCAGAAUGUGCCACAACUUGGCGGAUACGAAUACAAGUUUACAAGCAAAGUUCCUGAGGACUAUGAAUGUCUUGUGUGUCACUUACCGAUGAAGGAUCCAGUACAGAUUGUACAAUGUGGACACAAGCUUUGCAGCAGUUGUAAAGAAUCGCUGUUUGGGUAAUGGCCGAACAAUAUUAUUACUGUGGCGUGAAGAAUGCUAAUUAAGCGUUAGCUAUGUAAAAAGAUUUGAGCUAAGUUUGACCGAGAGAAUAAGAAAGUUGAUAAGCUUAUCUGUUAGCACAUAAUUACGAUCUGAGUUUGUGCUCUAAUGGAGAUGUCUGUGUAAUUUGAGGGAGAAGAUGCAAUGUUUAACUUGAAGUUUUAUUGGGUUUCAACGAUUUUAGUAAGGCUUUCUUUUAGCACAUAUCCAUCACAACUCAGCCUAUAACAGUUCAAUAUAAGACUCACGUAAACCAUUUGGGAGCUUUAACACUGCUAUUUCUCUAGUUCAAUCUUUUCUUUGUUUCCACUGCGUUUCUUUCCGUCAGACUUCCUUCGCCAUUGUGUCCGGCAGACAGGCAGCCAUUAUCACGCGAGCAGGUUAGUCAGCUGACAUGCUUUGUACUUGAAAGGGGUUUUGAAUUUUAUCAAUGAUCUUCAUAUGACCUUAAAUUUCGUUGAGCUCAAUGGAAAGUGCUUGAUUUCUUAUUUCUAAGUCUUAAAAAGACCUCGAAAUCGAGGACGUCCUGUAUGAUGAAAUUAAAUCAUUUUCUGAUGAAAAUUUGUACGCAAACGAGAAAUAGCCCGUUAAAAUGAUGGUUUAUAAAAGGCCUCAACGUCUACACGAAGCACAGUUUGGAUCUUUGCAUGCCACAGUUUCAUGUACCAGGCCUGUGAUGUGGGAUUGUCCGCCUUGCGGUUUUUUUCCACAGGGUAAUCGUGGCCAACUAUGUAUAAACGUGUAGAGUUGUUUUGAAUUUUCCGUCGUCUACAAUUUGAUGGAGAGAUGGGCAAAUUUCGACUUAGUCUUAAGUUGAUAAGCGAUGGAAACCAGCGUGAAAGAACUUAAAGGUGAUAAAUGUAAGGCUUUUUAUUGAGUUUGUAUCAAAAUGAUCGACAUAAAACACAUGGUAUAAAGUGAUUUAAAGUCUUUCAUGAAAGGUGAAGAACACGGAAAGAAUACCUGUGCUGGUUGUAUAGAAGCAAAUAGUAAUGAAGUUUUAGAUCGUUCGUUUCUGCGGGCAGAUGACGAUGUUAGCGACGUACUGUCUGCUAACAUUCUGGCAGGGUUCAUUGUUUAAAAGCAGAAAAAACGGACUGACUCUUAGCAUAAAGUGCACUGCUUAUAGAAGGCAGCAAAAGGGAAGACUCUAGAGGUUUUUUGAGACUUCUAGAAGGCUUGCUGAGAUAUGUUGCUGUGAUUUAUAUGAGCUACAUAUGUUCAGUACUGCGAUAUUUGUACGUUGGACGUAGGUGUAAGCCGUCAAAUGGCCUGUGACUGUUGUCCUUUAUAAAAUGUGAUCAAUGCCACGGUCUGAUUAACUAAGGCUAAUCCAUCCAACAAUUUUUAACUGAUCAAACUGUAUAGGCAUGAAACAUAAGGUGAAGGAUUUAAAUUUCUUUGAUAAGACUUAGUCCUUGAACAGUGCUUGAAUUAAUUUUAUCUUAUUGAACGAACCAUGUCAGCAGUCAAGUUGACUUUUUAGGUUUCGGGCAUCGAAAUCAGUCAUCAUGUCGCAUACACAAAAUGGGAUAAAGCGAUUUUCCAACAGCAUUUUGUGCUUUCAGGCCGGCUUUGUACACUUGUUUUAUUUACACAAUACUUAUUUUAUUUGAAUGAAGUAAUGUUUCAAGCAUUUCUCUUUGUGGCAGAUAUUUCCUGAUACCGCUUGUCGUCGCAAAAUCCUGGAUUUGACUGUGAAAUGUUCUCACUCUGGAUGUCCAUGGACAGGAGAGCUGCGUGCAGUUGAGGUAAAACGCAAAGGCAAACUGAACACGUUGGAACUGUGUUCUUCUAUCCUUAAUCAGAAAAUCGGAUUAUUUCCACUCUUACUUUUUUCCCCCAAAUGAUUGACUCGGUGAAACAAAAUCGGAGGCAAUCAAAAUGAAUUAUGUUGGAUGGUCACGUCACCAUUUAAUGUUUUGAAUGUAUUGUAUUAAGAAUGUAUUGUCUUUACCAAAAAUCUUUCUUAUCAAAGACUGCUAAUAGAUCUUACUUUUGAAAAUAGAAAGGAAUGCUCGGUGAUCAUUUUAAUUCCUUGGUAAAAUGUGUUUGUUAUACAAGCUUUUCAUGGCCCCCUUUCGUGUAAUGAACCCAAGCUAUAUACAAAAGUUACUGAUCUGAAUAUUAAAAUUAGCUUAGUAACUUGUUCGUCUAGAAACCUCAUUGUUCACUUUUUGCACUUUUCUUCUCGAUUUAUGACUUUUACUUCUUUACUGUUAAUAUAUGGGUUCCAAAAAAUUGCAGGAACAUCAAUCAAACUGCCUGUUAAAAGUGGUACAGUGUCCAAACUCAGGAUGUACAGAGAAAGUUACUAAGCAGGACAUGAGGACCCACGUGACAUCUGAAUGUUCUUGGAGGAUAAUACAUUGUGAAUAUUGUCAAACAUUAGUUUCCUUUAAUAAACGAAAGGUAUGCAAAUAUCAUGCAUCAUUUAAUGAAAGGGAAGUUUACCCCAUGGGUUAGCUAUUUCUUUUAUCAUUGAAAAUUCACGAGGCUCUCGAAAUCAUUUCUAUGACUCAACUAAUAAAAAGAAAAUGCAAUCAACUGAAAUGAAACGCAGCAAAAAAGAAACCUAAUAAAAAUAAAGAAUGUGAAUAAUAUCGAGAGAAACAUGCAGACGCUGGGUUCUAGUUAGUAAUAGUCUGAAAUUAUGAGGGUUUGGUAAGAAUGGAACGGUUUACAGUCAAGUCGCCCGAGAGUAAUGUCGUCCGGAGUCAUGUCGCCCGAAACCUGAGUCAUGUUGCCUGAAAUUUUAGUAAUGUCGCUCGAAAAAACAAAUACUAAAAAAAACAACACAGAAUUUCAGACUGCAAAUAGGCAAUAAAGUUGAGAAGUUUUUAUCACUAAAGCGCUCUUUGCUUUUGACAACACCAUGAAGAUUCUAAAAGCGUUGUUCGUUCCUAACAACAAAGGGAAACUUUGUUCGUUUCUAUCAACAAAAUGAAGCGUUGUUCGUUUGCUGUGUAAUCGUUUCUUACUCACGGACGUUUCGUAAGCUUGAGAGACUCUUUCUCGGUUUCUAACAAUGCCAUGAAGAUUUUGACUACACAGAAAUCGAUUGUAUGGUCAUAAUUGAAAUAUGUUUGAGUAACGACUCUAAAAGUAUUGUUCGUUUCUAACAACAAAAUGAAGCGUUGUUCGUUUGGUAUGUAAACGUUUCUAACUCACUGACAUUUCGUAAGCUCGAGAAACUUUUUCUUGGUUUCUAACAAUACCAUGAAGACUUCAACUACACAGAAAUCGAUUCUAUGGUCAUAAUUGAAAUAUGCUUGAGGAACGACUCUUAAAGCGUUGUUUGUCUCUAACAACAAAGGGAAGCGUUGUUCGUUUCCAAAUCGAUUCGUGCCCAGUGGGAAUUGGUUCGUACCCGGCCGUUUAAAACCCCGGUAGACAGAUGUCAAUUGUCGCGUGUGAAAGGUUAGUAAAGAGGCAAGCGAGUGACAUACAAAUAAAGUUCUGUUGUGUCGAUUUGUGAGCUUUUAACCAUAACAAACAAAUAAAAAAACUGGGUAAACGGAUGUCGACUGUUGCGUUUGACUCGUUAGUAAAAAGUUAAGCGAGAAACAUUAUGAUACAAAUGGUGAAAAGUCACUGAACUUCAGUUUCAAACCUUUAAAUUCUUUAUAAAUAACCCAAACGUUCAAGGUCCCCGAGAACUAUUAUUGGAAAAAAAAUUGAGCGGUUACUAAUGGAACCACAAUUUGAGAUAAAGUUUACAUUAUUAUAUGCCUUUUCUCCACACUCGUUACAGAACGUGGCGGACAGUCGGAGAGACCGAACGACGUGAAAAUUGGCGCUAAAACACUGACUAGAACCCACCCUCAGCAUGUUUCUCUUAUUAUUUCCGUUUUCUUUUCAUUUUUGCUUUCUCUUUCAGUUGCGAUUUCUUUUUCGCUUGCGUUUGAGCCUUCUGGGCCAUCGUAGAACUGUAAAGGUACAUUCAAACAUUUUAUCUGAUGUUUACAGAAACAUUUCCAUGUUUGCCAAAAGUUUCCUGUUCAUUGUACCAACAAGUGUGGCUUAGAAGAGAUUCCACGAGAAAAGGUUUGUUUUAACGCAAAUCACUUGGCAGUAUUUGGAAAAGGACACCUUUAUUUACCUGAUUGAAACGUUUACUAGGAUUUUUCACAAUCGUCAAGUAAAAUUUGAGAGAUCACGUCAUCUCUGACGUAACUCAGCUACUUUGUUUAACAGAGUCAUUGCAAGCGACAAGUGGCUAUGACAAUAAGCUUCACAUGGCAUGGAGAAUCUGCUUAAAAAACGGCUAGAUGUUCUUUUGCUAAAAUUGACGUCGGAUAUGUGUUAAUGAGAGAUUAAAGGGAGGCCGACUAACUAUCCUUGGCAUUACAUAGGAACACCGAAAUCAGUGCUCUUAUCAAAGCUUUAUUUAAAAGUCCCUUAUGUUUCCGCUUAUGCCUUUGUUUAUAGCUGGAAUUACACAUUGGCAAGGAUUGUCCUGUAACUGUGGUUUAUUGCGAAUUCAAGAAAUUGGGGUGCGACGCAAAGGUAUAGGCUUCCUUAAAACAAUUACGUUAAUAUCAAGAGCCUUAAGACGCUUGGUACAGGAGACUUGGCUGUUUAACGUUUCGUUGCUUAUCGAAAAAUGUGUCCCCUUUCACGGAAUUUUUUAGGAGGUUAGAGGAAAAACUUUCAAGGUGGGGAAAAUUCACCUCAACUUUUGCUUUGUUAUGAAGGCAAGAAAUAUUAUGAUGCAGGCAACUGUAUGUAGUUUUCACUAGAGGUUUGGGAGGGCGAUUGUUUAUAGCUGGAAUUACACAUUGGCAAGGAUUGUCCUGUAACUGUGGUUUAUUGCGAAUUCAAGAAAUUGGGGUGCGACGUAAAGGUAUAGGCUUCCUUAAAACAAUUACGUUAAUAUCAAGAGCCUUAAGACGCUUGGUACAGGAGACUUGGCUGUUUAAAGUUUCGUUGCUUAUCGCGUGUGUCCCCUUUCACGGAAUUUUUUACUGAGGAGGUUAGAGGAAAAACUUUCAAGGUGGGGAAAAUUCACCUCAACUUUUGCUUUGUUAUGAAGGCAAGAAAUAUGAUGCAGGCAACUGUAUGUAGUUUUCACUAGAGGAUUGGGAGGGCGAUUGAAUAGCUAAUCAGACGAUUUGCCCGAUAAAUUUCGCACAAAUAAUAUAUAGAAAUGCACAGAUCAGUUGUGCAAGUAAUAUUACGCCAGCUCUCCGUAAAGUUCCUAGUUUCCCCUGAUAAUAUGACAUGUUUUAACUGUUGUCCUCGUCACUUUAUGCCGCAUUUCUCUUCUUUCACACAGUUCCCAAGAUCAAACACCAAAGCUCACUCGAAGACACAAAUUGAACAACACUUGAACUUGGCUCUUCGCAGCCUUGAGACCACUCAGCGUCUGGUUAAUGAUCAGUCACAACAGAUUGAACUACUGAUGGCAAAAAAUAAAGAUACGUCACAGCAGAUUGAACAACUGAUGGCCAAAGAUAAAGAUACGUCACAGCAGAUUGAACAACUGAUGGCCAGACAUGAAGAAACAUCACGGAAGAUUGAACGACUGACGGCCAAAGAUAAGAAAAAGUCACAGCAGAUUGAACAACUGAUAGCCAAAGAUAAAGAUACGUCACAGCAGAUUGAACAACUGAUGGCCAGACAUGAAGAAACAUCACGGAAGAUUAUACAACUGACGGCCAAAGAUGAGAAAAAGUCACAGCAGAUUGAACAACUGAUGGCCAAAGAUAAAUAUACGUCACAGCAGAUUGAACGACUAACUGCUCACGUCAAAGUGCAAGAUCAACAUAUUAGGUCCUUGAAUAGUCCUCUAUUUGUGUGGAAAAUUUCUAAUUUCACGCGAGCUUAUAGGAGAGCAGCGAGUGGAAUAGAAAAAAUUAUAACAAACACAUUUUAUCUUUCUUCAAACGGGUACAGGCUGAGAAUCAAAAUUUUUUUUAAUGCGAAACAGGCGUUCGGUAGACUAUCCUUUUUUAUUUACAUUUGUGUUGUUCCAGGGGAAUUUGAUCCGCUGUUAUCCUGGCCAUUCAAGGAAAAGGUACGAGUAACGUUGAUUAAUCAAAACCCGUGCAAGGAUGAGGAGAAAAAUAUAUGUCGCGUAACUGACUUUGGAAAUUUAGAUAUGCCCAUAAUGAGGCCUCUUAAUGAAGAUAACGAGAGGUGGCAUGUCGUACUCGGCCCUGAUUUUGGCCUCUCUAGAUCUCUUGAACUGAGUGAUACAAUUUUCAUAAUGGUGCAAAAAGAGUAG